UUGUCUUCCUGUCCAGCUGCUGAAUGUCUGUCCCGGAGGAUGAGAAGCUUUUGCCGCUCGUCCAGAGAUGGCCCCGAGCGAGCAAGUUCCUACUGUCCGGCUGCGCAGCUACCGUGGCCGAGCUAGCAACCUUUCCUCUUGAUCUCACAAAAACUCGACUCCAAAUGCAAGGAGAAGCUGCUCUCGCUCGGUUGGGAGAACGUGCCAGGGAAUCUGCCCCCUAUAGGGGCAUGGUGCGCACAGCCCUAGGGAUCAUCCAAGAGGAGGGCUUUCUAAGGCUUUGGCAAGGAGUGACACCCGCCAUUUACAGACACGUAGUGUAUUCGGGAGGUCGAAUGGUCACAUAUGAACAUCUCCGUGAGGUUGUGCUUGGCAAAAGUGAAGAUAAGCAUUAUCCCCUUUGGAAAUCAGUCAUUGGUGGGAUGAUGGCUGGUGUUUUCGGCCAAUUUUUAGCUAACCCAACUGACCUAGUGAAGGUUCAGAUGCAAAUGGAAGGAAAGAGAAAACUUGAAGGCAAACCGCUGCGAUUUCGUGGCGUACAUCAUGCAUUUGCAAAAAUCUUAGCAGAAGGAGGAAUACGUGGCCUUUGGGCAGGCUGGGUGCCCAAUAUACAAAGAGCAGCAUUGGUGAAUAUGGGAGAUUUAACCACUUAUGAUACAGUGAAACACUACUUGGUAUUGAAUACACCACUGGAGGAAAAUAUCGUGACUCACAGUUUAUCAAGUUUAUGUUCUGGACUGGUAGCUUCUAUUCUGGGAACACCAGCUGAUGUCAUCAAAAGCCGAAUAAUGAAUCAACCAAGAGAUAAACAAGGAAGGGGACUUUUGUAUAAAUCAUCUACUGAUUGCUUGAUUCAGGCAGUUAAAGGUGAAGGAUUCAUGAGUCUCUAUAAAGGCUUUUUACCAUCUUGGCUGCGAAUGACUCCCUGGUCACUGGUGUUUUGGCUUACUUAUGAAAAAAUCCGAGAGAUGAGUGGAGUCAACCCAUUUUAAGUCCUUAAAGAUUCAGACCAGUAACACAGUAUUCAGUAUCAUUGAAAAGUGGACAUCGGCAACACACACCUCCUAUGAUUUCUACCUCUUUAGGAAGACUUUAUUCCACAAAGACUGUGAUUUAUAGGGGGCAGCACUUUGUUUUUCUCUGGAGAUCCAAUAUCUCUUUGAUUCCUCUUUUUAACUAUCUGGUCAGAUUCACAAGGCCACUCAAUGAGACCCAGCCUAGCCUUUUCUGAAAUAAAAUACAAAUCUGGCCACUUUCAUCUUCAAGGUCUGACCUUUGAGAUGCUAUUCUGUACUGAAGAGCCUUAUAAAAAGAAUGGAAGCAGCAUCUCAGACCUGAAGCAGACCAUAGGGAUGUGGAAGAUUACAUGCGUAGUAUUUAAGAAACAUAUUUAACCUGUUAGGUUCGUAUUUACAAUUGAAUGACUCAUGUUCCUGUUGUUAAAGUGCACAUCUUGUAACUUAAAGGGCGGUGAAUGAAACUUUGGGAAUUAACAUUUUGAGUUUCUCUAGUGUUG